CACACGCACAGAGCCACACUUCUACCCUCUUUACCUGCGCACCCUAAAGCGGCCACCACCGCCACCUCCUUCAACCCCUCUCUCUCAUUCGCUGAACCAAACCAAUACAAAACAAAACACCACUUCUUCUCUCUAUGAGUUAGGGUUUCUUCCUUCGAUCACCUUCAAUUUCUCGAUUACACCUGUGUUUCAAUGCUUGUCAGCUCCAUCACCGUCCAAUUACACACUGUGCAGCCCAUUUCUGAUUCGAUUUCUUGGCGAAUUCGGUGUUUUCUUGAGUCUGGUUCUUUGAUUCAGUUCGAAUCGCUUCCUUUUUCUUGACUCUGCGUAAUUUAUGGCGCCCAGUCGCAAGAAGGGCGCCAGGAAGGCGGCGGCGGCUGCCGCUGCACGUCGGCAGUGGAAGGUCGGAGAUCUCGUGCUUGCUAAGGUUAAGGGCUUCCCUGCCUGGCCCGCCACGGUAAGUGAGCCGGAGAAGUGGGGUUAUUCCUCUGAUGGGAAGAAAGUACUUGUUUACUUCUUUGGAACCCAACAAAUAGCAUUCUGCAAUCCUGCUGAUGUUGAAGCCUUUACUGAAGAGAAGAAACAGUCUCUUGCCAAACGACAGGGAAGGGGUGCUGAUUUUGUGCGUGCAGUAAAGGAGAUUAUUGCCAGUUAUGAAAAGUUAAAGCGAGACAUCCAAGUUCAGAAAACUUGCUCCAAUGAUCAAGUUACUAAUGUAGAUGUCUCAAAACCAGCUGACUCGUAUGCUAACGUAAAGGUUCAAAGAGAUGCUCCUUUGACACAUGAUUCACAAAAUAAAUCUUCAAAUUUGACUGACAGACAAGAGCUAGCUUGUGCAGCUGAGAAUGGUCCAGUAGUUGCAAUUAGGGGUGAAUCCUGUAAUAAUGAGGUAUCAUUGGAAGAACCUACUGAUGAUGCUGUUGCAACUGCAACUGGGAACUCACCUUUGCCAGUAACUUCCCCAUCUCCUGGAAGAUGCAAAGACUUGCAUCUGGAAAGCCAUGUACUACAAAGAAAUGAGCCUGUUCGAAGAUCUAGAAGCUCAUCACGAGUCCACAACAUUGUUGUGCCUUGUGAUGCUGGAGGUAAUGCUGGUGAUGUAACUCAUAUUGUGCCUAUAACCAGGAACAAACGGAUUAAAAAAUCACCUGAUCUCUCUGGGUGUGAUGAUGCUGAUUCUUCAGCAUAUGCCUCCGAUGUCAGCAUGGAGGACAAUGGUUCUGAAAAUAUUGCUGUUGAUUCUGAUUCCUUUAGCCCAAAUGAGGGAAGUACACUAGAUUCGGAUUUUAAACUUGGACAGUCUGAGAAUAGUGAGUGGCCUGAAUUUGAAGUUGAGUUGAAGAAAGGGCUUGAUCUAGAAAUUAAGGCUGUAUUCAAUAAGAAGAAAAGAAAACCAAAUAGGAAGAGGGCAAAUAAUGAUUCUGCCACGCCAUCCAUCAGGAAAGAGGAGCCUGAAUCUCAAAAUGCCAAUCACAGUUUGCAGAAUAUGUGUGGAAAUUCAAUUGAGAAAUGCUUAAAUCAAGACGGAGAUGAACACUUGCCCCUAUCAAAACGAGCCAGAGUUAGAAUGGGCAAAUCAUCCAGUGAGGCAGAACUCAAUAGCACUAUGCAAGCUCAAGAGAAAAGCUAUAAGGAAGACAUUGUUAACUCACCAAAGCAGAUAAUCACAUCCUCAAAUUGUGAAAAUGGUAGCCUGGCUGGUGAGGAUCCGGUAGCAUUGAAUGGGACAGUGGUUCUCGUUUCUUCUUCAAAUUUGUUAGAGCCACAUUUUGAAAGUGGAUCUCAGAUUUGUAAAACAAAAAAAGAGAAAAUGUUUGGCUGCAAAAUGGAUGUUGAAGCUGCUUUACCUCCAUCUAAGCGCCUCCAUCGUGCUUUAGAAGCUAUGUCUGCUAAUGCUGCUGUAGAAGAUCAAGCUUGCAACGAGCCAUUGUCAUCCUUAUUGACAUCGAGUGGAACUUCCACAAAGAGAUGCCCUUGCAUGACCACAAAUUGCAGUAAAGGAGGUACUGAUUUAGAAACGCAAGGCUUGGAAUCGUGUGCCAUUGGUUGUUCUCACAUCAGUGUAUCUAGUAUCACCACCUGUUCAAAUGCAAUGAUUUCAACAGAGAAUAAGUCAUCUUCUGAAGUGGAUAAGCAGUUGAGCAAGUAUCAAUGCCAUGAAGCUUGCAAAGAUGUUGUCCUAGAUGGUGUGGAUCAAGUUGGUGAAAAUCUUGGUGAUUCUGUGGUCGAUCAGGGUGCUAAAACAGAUUCACAAAUUCAGUUACAUGGAAACAUGUCUCCCAAUCUUGAUGUGAAGUGUUGUGAAGUUAGAAGCAAUCAAGAUUCUCCAGGUCCAUCAUUGCCACCAAAAGAUGAAGACAAUAUGAAAACUGUGAAUCAUUCAAAUCCAUCUGAUACAUUAGAACUUAAUGGAAUAAGUGUUGAUCCUGUGGCAGGUCCCGAUGAAAGUGGUAAAGUGAUACCUCAAAGUAGCAUUAAUGUGGGUGAGAACAAGGUUGUUUGUGAGGAUACACAGUGCUCAAAGCAAGCCGUUGAUGAAGGCAGCAGAAUUAAAAACAUGCAUGAGGCUGUGAGAGGGAUAGAAAUCAAGGGACAAGAGGAGUAUAUGAAUUUGACCUCGAUAUCCAAUGGUUGUUUGGGUGAAAAUGGUACUUUGUGCAUUCAGUCAAGCCCGUCCUUGACUGGUGGUGGAGGCUGCGUUCCUCAAGGAUCACCUCCAAAUACAUCAGUUUGCAAUGUUUCUACAUCGGACAGUAGUAAUAUUCUACAAAAUGGAAGUUGUAGCCCUGACGUACACCAGAAAAACACUUCAUCUGGUCCCAUUGAUGGAUGGAAAGAUGGGUCUGUAGCAAAUCAACAAUCAAGAUUGACAGGCAAGUCAACUGAUGCAGGGAAUGCUGCUUUGUUGUACUUUGAAGCAAUGCUUGGAACAUUGACAAGGACAAAGGAAAGUAUUGGGCGGGCAACCCGAAUAGCUAUGGACUGUGCAAAGUUUGGCAUUGCUGCUAAGGUGAUGGAAAUUCUUGUCCGAAGUCUGGAAACUGAGUCAAGCCUGCAUCGGAAGGUGGACCUAUUUUUCCUUGUUGAUUCCAUUGCUCAAAGUUCUCGUGGUUUGAAAGGUGAUGGUGGAGCAUAUCCAUCUGCUAUGCAAGCUGUCCUCUCACGCCUAUUGUCUGCUGCUGCUCCUCCUGGACAUACUUCGCAAGAGAAUCGCAGGCAGUGUCUUAAGGUUUUAAGGCUGUGGUUGGAGAGAAGAAUCCUUCCAGAAUCCAUUAUUCGUCGUCAUAUCCGGGAACUGGACACCUAUCAUAGUUCAGCAGGUGUUUAUUCACGACGUACGUUACGGACAGAGAGGCCUUUAGAUGACCCUGUUAGAGAAAUGGAGGGUAUGCUUGUUGACGAAUAUGGAAGCAACUCAAGUUUUCAGCUUCCUGGAUUUUGCAUGCCUCAAAUGCUUAAAGAUGAAGAUGAAGAAGGGAGCGAUUCUGAUGGAGGGAACUUUGAGGCUGUCACUCCCGAGCAUGAUUCUGAAGUACAUGAAGUGCCAGAAAUUGCUUAUGCAAUUGAAAAACACAGACGUGUGUUGGAAGACGUUGAUGGUGAGCUUGAAAUGGAAGAUGUGGCUCCCUCUUUUGAUGUUGAAUCAAAUUCAAAUUGCAAUGUGGAGGGAGGAGAUGGGGAUGCCUCACAGUUGGAAAAGAAUGUCCAACCAUCCUUUGUUCCUCCUCUUCCACAGGAGGUUCCUCUUUCUUCGCCACCUCUACCACCAUCCUCUUCACCUCCACCACCACCACCUUCUAUGCUACCUCCUCCACCACCACCACCGCCACCUUCUCUGCUACCUCCUCCUCCUCCUCCACCACCACCACCACCACCACCUUCUCUGCUUCCUCCCCCACCUCCUCCGCCUCCACCUCCACCUCCACCUCCACCUCUUACUCCUACAUUACACUUGAUGUCAGCUAGUACCACUGGUCCGUAUCAUGCUGCAGUUGAUGCAAAAAAUUUUGUAGAUUCACAGAUUGUGAGAGACAACAUGCACCACUCUAUGGCUGAACCCAUGACUGCACCCAGAAGUAGCCAACCUAUCAAUGAUGCAGUGUGCUAUCAAGACCCAGAACAAAGAGGCAUGCAUAUGACGGUACCGGAGCCUUCAUGUUCUUUCAAGACAUCCAUGGCACAGCCACAACACAGUUUCCGGUAUUCUGAUGGUGCUACCCUGCAACACAAUGGCUAUCCAUUACGACCACCUCAACCUGUGCCAUCUGAUCAGUUUUCUUUCGUUCACGGGGAACAAUUGAAACCUCCUCGGGAUGGUCCACCACCACCACCACCACCUUUCCACUCCCAUAGGCAUCACUUUGUGCAGAACAUGCAAAGAGAGAACUUCUCCAGCAAUCACGAUAGAUCAAAACCACCUCCAUAUGACUAUCAAGAGAGAUGGAAUCCUCCCAUGCCUUAUUCUGGUCCUCAGUAUCAUGACAAUGGUAUGCAUGUACCUUAUGGUUGCCACCCGUGUGAAUCUACUAGUUUACCAGGUCAGGGAUGGAGGUUUCCUUCCCAGUCAAUGAAUCACUGGGAUUCCAUGCCUUACAGACCACCCUAUGAAGAUGCAGUUCCAGUAGCUAACCGAGGCCCAAGCUAUUGGCGACCGAUGGGAGCUUCAAAUUCGGUUUCGGAAAAAUCCAUCUUUGAAUUCACUGUUAAGGAUGCCAAGGGAAGAGAUGUGAGCCUGAGCAAUUACAAGGGCAAAGUUCUUCUUGUAGUCAACGUCGCUUCAAAAUGUGGAUUCACGGACACCAAUUACACCCAGUUAACUGAGCUUUACAGCAAAUACAAGGAUAAAGGUCUAGAGAUACUGGCAUUUCCAUGCAACCAAUUUUUGAAGCAAGAGCCUGGGUCUAGUGAAGAUGCAGAGCAAUUUGCCUGUACAAGAUACAAGGCUGAAUAUCCCAUUUUCGGAAAGGUCCGCGUGAAUGGAUCAAGUGCAGCACCUGUCUUCAAAUUUCUUAAGUCACGUAAAUCUGGAUUUCUGGGGUCUAGGAUAAAGUGGAAUUUCACUAAGUUUUUGAUUGAUAAGGAAGGGGAUGUCAUCCAGCGAUACGGUCCAACCACUGAACCAUUGGCAAUUGAAGAUGAGAUCAAGAAGGCAUUGGGGGAGGCUUGAAACUCUUUGGAGUUAUUUUAAAAUUGAUUGUGAUGAAGAUAAGUGAAACAGGAAGAAUGUAUAUUUAGUAGAUGGUGUUUCUUCUAGUGUUUAUUGAUCACAUAUUUCAUGUCUAGGGUCUUCUCUGUGUUAUAUUGUUUGUUGUAUUUAAAAAAAAAAAUGAACUUUAGGCCUUGUGGUAUAGUUUGUUAUUUUAAGAGUUGAUUGAUGAGAAAUGUACCAGAAAAAACAGUAGUUGAUUGAUGGAAUUUACCUUUAGUUAUUUGUUUCUGUAAACAUGUAAGAAAAUGUGAAUUAUUUUGGGCAGGAAAUUAUGUAAUGAUUUGUUUAUUUACUUUA